AUGUGGAUUUCGUUCGCAAGCUUCUUAACACCAACUUUUCUUCUCUUCUGCGUAUUGAAUCUCACCAUUGUUACCAUUUUCAUCACUUCAGCCCUAAAAAAACUCCAAAAACUCAGUGAUGACCAGGACAACUCGCCACUGCAACUCAUCCGAGUUCCAUCACUUUUAAAACGAGUCAAGCCGAUCAACCUCUUUGUCUACCGCUCCGAACAGCACGAGCCGUCUGACUCCGACGCCCAUCACACCACUGCCCCACCCCCACCUCAACCUCAACCUCAAUCUCAACCUCAAGAACAAACACAUAAGCAAAAAUCUGAACCUCAACCUCAACCUCAACAUCAACCUCAAGAACAAACACAUAAGCAAGAAUCUGAACCUCAACCUCAAACUCAAACUCAACCUCAAGAACAAACACAUAAGCAAAAAUCUGAAUGGGUGGAAGAGAGUCAUGUGACUAGGAGCACGUCUGACACGAGCGUUCAAGCUCCGACGAAAAAAGUGUUGAAGAAGUCGGCGAGUGAGAAGGUGUAUGUGGCUGAUCCGGAGAAAGAGGAAGAGGUGGAUCAGCGGCGACCGGCGACGGUAAAGGAAACCGCGCCUACUAACUGGGCGGGGGAUGAGGCUGUGGAUGCAAAAGCUGAUGAUUUCAUUGACAGGUUUCGGAAACAGUUGAAAUUACAGAGAUUGGUACAGCGAAAUGGUCAAUAG